GACAUGCAGUAAUUAACCCUUUGCACUCCAGCGUCGCGUUUGACCGCGUUCACUUACUGAUGCAUCUAUGAAUUCAAUUGCUAGCAGAAACGCUACGCCAUUCGACACCCUCAAAUUCUCACGCGUCUCGCUCUCCCACAAAUAGUCAUAAGAUGCGCACUCCAUACCAAUAAUACGCGAUGAGUUUGUUGGACUGAUACACGCAAAACUCGGUCGGCUAUAAUGAUAUGGCUCCCAACCAAACCCCUGGCUCUGGCCGCCGAAAGCGAGCCCGACCAGAAGACGACUUGGUAUCGUCGCCAGUUCCCUCGCCAUCUACCGUAGCAACAAGCGCAAAGCGGCGCCGCUUAAAUGAUGUCGCCGACUCACCAUCAUCGACUCCAAAGGGGUUCUCCGCGAUCUCUUCAGCCAUUAGUGGUGCACUUGGCCGUCGCGGACGGCGCAACGGAGCCCAAGGGAAACUGGUCGGCGAACAUGACGGCACGACAGCCGAGUCCUCGUAUAACGUACCUGCUAGCGACGGUGACGAUGACGAAGAACAAAUAGAAGGGGUUUCAGGUAAACCGAAGAAGCUGGACUACGGGAUACUGCCGAAAAAGUCGUCGGCAACCGAAAAUUUGUACGAUGUGCCGGACUCCGGUGAUGAAUUAGAGAUUCCAAGAGCAGCAGGAAAGGCACACGAACAAAGCAAUCCUGUGACGCCGUCGAAACGAAGGUUUGUCAAUGGUGACCCGAAAAGCGUAUCGGCGCGCGCUACAACUGCACAACGGGACGGCAAGGGAACUGCAGUACCUCUCAACAACAAGGGAAGCAUGACUACGCCGCGCAAAAGGGGGCGACCGCCAAAAGUGCGUCCGAGUCAAAUAGAGCUCUCUCCAUUUCCAUUAGCCGUCAAGGCACGUAUAUAUGGGCCUACAGGGAAGACGGAUUCUGUUAACGCUCCCGAGUCGCCGAAGCUGAAGGGCAUUUUGUCGCCUAAAAAGAGGAAACCUGGUCGACCAGCAAAGACUGUGGUGUUCGAUGAGGGUGACGAAGUCAACUCAGAUAUUCUACAAGAUGAAACAACACCGAGACCCGUGAAAUUCUCUACCAUUGAGAGGCCGAGCUCACCCAUAGAGAACCCCAUAUCACUAAACGGGGACAGGGAGAAAGAUAUACAACAAGCUGAAGAACCUGAAGAGCUUGAAGAGGGUAGCGGGCAAGAGGAAGAAGACGAGGAGGUGUGUGUUAUAUGCUCGAAGCCUGAUUCGGAGCCGCCGAAUGAGAUCAUUUUUUGCGAGGUUUGCGAUUCUGGAUUCCAUCAGAAGUGCUACAACGUCCCAGUCAUACCCGAAGGCGAUUGGAUCUGUCGAACUUGCUCGCAAGAGGACAUCUUGCACGAUCGCCAGAAUACAACCGAGAAGAAGGCUACCGUCACCAUAUCUACAGCCAUUCCUGCUAUACCUAACUUUGAACAACAUUUUCAGCAAAUGCGACGUGUGCUACUAGACCGGUGCUCUAGCAACCGGCGGAUAAAGCUCUGUGGCCAGAGUGAAGCUUUUGAUAAGGCAUAUCAACUGGUGGAGCAAACAGUACUGGCUGGCGAAGGGAACUCCAUGAUGGUCAUUGGGGGGCGCGGUUGCGGGAAAACGACCAUGAUGGAAGAAAUUCUUUCUAAUCUCCGAAAUGAGCAUGCGGAAGAAUUUCACGUUAUUCGCCUUAACGGAUUUAUACAUACAGAUGAUAAGCUUGCAUUGAAAGAGAUAUGGCGCCAGCUAGGCAAGGAAAUGGAGAUUGAAGACGAUCUAGUCAAUAAGACCAGCAACUAUGCCGAUACCAUGGCUUCUCUCUUGGCUCUUUUAUCUCACCCAGAAGAGAUCACAGGAGCCGAAGAUGGUGUGACAUCCAAGUCGGUAGUCUUCAUAAUCGACGAGUUUGAGCUGUUUGCCACACAUGCUCGGCAGACACUACUCUAUAACCUGUUCGAUAUUGCUCAAGCAAGGAAAGCUCCUAUAGCCGUGCUUGGGCUGACGACUAGAAUCGAUGUUGUCGAGAGCUUAGAGAAGCGAGUCAAGAGUCGAUUCAGUCAUCGUUACGUUUACCUGUCUCUCCCAAAAUCGCUGCCAGCCUAUUGGGAUAUAUGUAGACAGGGCUUGAUAGUAGAUAAAGAGGACCUCGGGGCGGAAGGCUUUGAUACCGAUCUCCAGGGGCUUUACGAGUUCCAUGACUAUUGGGAGAAAAAAAUCGAGGCCCUCCAUCACACGCCUGCAUUCGAGGAUCAUCUAGAGUAUCAUUACUAUACGACGAAAUCCGUGUCACCAUUCCUAGCCUCAUGUAUCCAGCCUUUAGCAGCACUGUCGAUGUCAUCACUUGAUUUGUUAGUCCCCUCGCCUACUGAAGUUGUUGCAUUGGAGCCACAAGAACCAAAGCUACAACUUCUCGCGGCCUUGUCAGAUCUCGAGCUAGCGUUGCUCAUCUCGGCGGCGCGGCUCGACAUUGUUGCGCAUACUGAUACUGUCAAUUUUGCCAUGGCGUAUGACGAGUACAGCGCCCAGAUGGGCAGGCAGCGAGUGCAGACAGCCAGCUCUGGCUUGCUAGCACUAGGCGCCGGAGCGAGGGUUUGGAGCCGGAGCGUUGCAGUGGUGGCAUGGGAACGGUUAGUAUCGCUCGGUCUGCUCAUCCCUGCCGGCAUCGGCGGCAGAUCCAACGCGGCGCAUGGAGGGCUCGAGGGCAAGAUGUGGAGGAUGGAUGUCUUGCUUGAAGAGAUCCCAUCGGCUGUCGAGCUGCCAGGAUUCCUGGCAAAAUGGUGUAGUCAAAUUUAGAAUUUAACCCAUAUCGAGAGCGAUGCUAUCUCCAUCCAUCCAUCCAUCAACGCCCUAAUGCAGUAAAGAGACACUGAAAGUGAAGAGAUCUUGGCUUGCCUCUACAUCCGCAUCUACCGUAGAAUAACAUUGGCUAACUACAGGUGCCGAAUGAUACGCUACGCGGGCCAACCAACCAGCUCGGAGAAUUAGCAUACCGCUUGUCCAACGCU